AUGCUGCCUAGCGCCACAGACUACCCAAUGGCGGGCACCUAUGGUCAGGUCCGGGCCGGCCAGGCUGUCUCUUCGAAAGAAGAGGUCGCCCGCGCCGCCCUCCGCUCCCUCGCCGGCCCCACAUUGCCUGGUCCGCCGCCGACCCACCAGACUUCUGGCUUCCUAUUCCCCUCACCGGGAGUGCCACCACUGCCCCCCGAUGCGGCAUACCCUUCCCUCCCUCUGCCGCAGCGUGGCCUCCAUCCCAGCGACCCACACCACGAAGGGCCACCCAGAGGCGCCCCUCUUGCGGCGCAUGACAUGGACGUGGAUGUUGCAAAAGGGCUCGCGGAUCGUCGCCCGGAAGCUUCGCAACCAUACCCCUCCGCCGGCGAUGGCUCGUACUUUGGACUUCCAAGCCUAACCGCCUCGCCAACAACAUCGCCGCGCCUCGAGGCCGACGGACUUCCGCUCGACGGCGACCGGUAUCCGCGCGACCCGCCCAGCCUAAGCAUCUCUUCUUCGGCCUCGACGCCCAACCAGGACGUCGCGGCACCGCCGUCCGAGGAUCGCGAAGGCACUCUGCGUCGAGUUGCCACGUCCUUAAGACUCGGCAUCGACGACGUGAGGAGCGUCGCACAGCACUACCAGGCGCACCUCUCCUUCCGCUACGGUCCCGCGACGACCGCGUCCUCUGCAAUGGCUCAGCGGAUCGACCCGGCAGUCGCCCGAAUGAUUGUCGACGCCUUGAGGCAAGAGGAGGACAGAGAUUCACGAGUCGGCGCCUUCCGCGAAGCCUACAUCCAGCACAGCCAGUAUCAGCACCAGCACCAGCACCGUCAUCAGCACCCGCACCCACCAGCACUGCGACAGCACCGGCACGAACCAACUUGCAGCGACGAGAAGAUGGUCGAUCCGCGACCGCCGCCGCCUCCUGGCCAAGUCUGGGCAAGCGAUCGCAACCGCUCCGACUGGCGGAGCGCGCCGCGGCAGCGACCCGCGCACAGUCACACCUUCGACGAAGCACCCCGAGACGACCGCCGACGUCCGCACGAGCCUUACGCUGCGCAACUGGCGGGACCUUCGCAGGAGGGCUAUCGAUCCAUUCUAGCCGGCUCGGCGUCUCCGCGAUCAAGCAUCGCAGGCGACACUGUCCUGUCGGCCUCUCCGCGCUCCUCGUCGCCCUCCCCUUUUGCCUUUGACCCGCUCCGGCGACCGUCGCUGCCGCCCCUCAGCGCCAUGUCACUCCACGAGCCGACGUCUGCGGCGUCCAACCGCUCUUCCCUCGACUCGGGCGCCAGCAGCCCGAGGCAAAGCUGGUAUAGCGCCGCUGGCAGCGAGGCCCUCGCCUCGCCCCGUCUCUCGUACCCCUCUGGACUCCAUGCUGCGCGCAAGGGGCGCUCCAUAGACGACUAUCUCGAGUCGGCAUCGACGUCGAGUCGGAGGGUCCGACGUCCGAAUCGGACGCGAGACUCGCUCGGCCUGCUCCCAUCAGAGCUCGAAGGAUCUGCGCUGGCAUCGAGCCGGCAUCCGUUCCAGCCGUACCCUGCGGUCCCCGGCCGACAUUCGAACCCUCUGCAGCUGACGCAGACCCAGUCUUGGUCGCCGAGCGGCUCGCCCGCUCUGGCAGAGUCGCCGCUGCAUCUCGUGUCUGGGCUGCCUCGUCGCUCGCAGGCGGCCGUCGCGUCGACGUCGACCUUCCGAGGCCCAUCCUACCAGCAGGCCGGCGCAAUGAGCUUCACGCCGUCGCCUUCGUUGGGGGGCCACGAGCAGAACCUGUGGGGUUCGCCCAGCAUAAAGUCCGAGACGAGCGAUUCGCCCAGGCAGCUCGAGUUUAUCGGUGAUGGCGCUCGCCGCGACGCUAGCCGGGAGCGGCACGGCGGCUUGGCUGCCGAGCAGCAUCCUUCCCGUGCCGUGGCGGAGACUGCGGCCGUCGCACCGACUCCAGCAGUGGCCGCAGGGGGCCCAGCGAAGAAGCCACGCGGUCGUGCCAUCCGCGCCCGAACCUUGGCAUCGGCAACGACUUCGGGGACCUCUUCGGAAUCUGCACCGGCGUCUUCAACGUCCUCUCCGCAGCCUUCGACGGUUGCCGGACCGCUCUCGCGCGAGGAGAUUAUGAAGCGGCUCCAACUCAAGGUGAAGGCCCGGCUCGCCGCGAAGGAACAGGGCACGGCGACUUCUUCUUCGCCGCCCGAGCCGUCGACAAAGGUUGGCGCCGCUGCCGCCGGCAAGACUGCAAAGGCAGCCAAAGGCGUCGCCGGCCAGCGGUGA